GUACAGUGUCAACAUGGGUAACUGCACUGUCUCCUCAUUCUCGCGGUACGUACCGACAGCAAGUCGCGACCCCGAAAAGUUUCGCGACUUAGGUGGUUACUCAGGCUUUUUUUAGAGCUCCAAAGUCCUCAUAGCUUUCUCCCUCUGAUAAGCUCACAAUACAUCCCAUCCACACAUACCUACGUCCUUUUCUGAUGCCAUAUCCAUCUUCGACGCCGCCACGGAAUUCGAUACGCGCCCGCCCGCGUCGCGUAAAUUGGUAGAGAUUGUCCACCAACCUCUGCCGCUUCUUCAUCCAUCGUAGCCGAUUCGGAGCGUCGAAAUCGCUGCUGAGACGCGGUCGUCGAAUUCUUUCUACCCACCGCUUAGCGACGCGACCCAUCCCUUCGCCACGAUGGUGCAAAUCAGCGAGGUCAAGGGCAACAACCGCGAAAAUCGCACCGCUGCCCACACUCAUAUCAAAGGGCUCGGCCUCAAGUCCGAUGGCACGGCUGAGAAGCAGGCCAGCGGCUUUGUAGGCCAACAGCAGGCCCGAGAGGCCGCUGGUAUCGUUGUCGACCUCAUUCGCGCGCAGAAGAUGGCCGGUCGGGGCGUAUUGCUGGCUGGCGGACCUGGGACGGGGAAGACGGCGCUUGCGCUCGCGCUCAGCCACGAACUCGGCACAAAGAUCCCCUUCUGCCCCAUCGUCGGCAGCGAGAUUUACUCCUCCGAGGUGAAGAAGACCGAGGUCCUUAUGGAGAACUUCCGAAGAGCGAUCGGACUGAAAGUGCGGGAGACGAAGGAGGUAUACGAAGGCGAGGUGACAGAGCUCACGCCCGAGGAAGCCGAGAACCCGCUCGGCGGCUACGGCAAAACUAUCAGCACCCUCCUGAUAGGACUAAAGAGCGCGAGGGGCCAGAAGAAGCUGAGACUGGACCCGAGCAUAUAUGAGGCUAUCCAAAAAGAGAGAGUCACGGUUGGAGACGUCGUCUACAUCGAGGCCAACACCGGCGCUUGUAAACGGGUCGGACGAUCGGAUGCUUAUGCCACCGAGUUCGACCUCGAGGCAGAGGAGUACGUCCCUAUCCCGAAGGGUGAGGUGCACAAGAAGAAGGAGAUAGUGCAAGAUGUCACGCUCCACGACUUAGACGUCGCCAACGCCAGACCACAAGGCGGUCAGGAUAUCAUGAGCAUGAUGGGCCAGCUCAUGAAGCCCAAGAUGACGGAGAUUACGGACAAGCUGCGAGAUGAGAUCAACAAGGUUGUUAGCAAGUAUAUCGACCAGGGCGUAGCUGAACUCGUCCCCGGCGUUCUGUUCAUUGAUGAAGCGCACAUGCUUGAUAUCGAGUGCUUUACCUAUCUCAACCGAGCUCUCGAGUCGGCAAUUUCGCCAAUCGUGGUCCUCGCAUCGAACCGAGGCAUGUGUGCAAUCCGCGGCACGGACGGCAUCGUCGCCGCUCAUGGGAUCCCCCCGGAUUUUCUGGCUCGGCUCCUUAUCAUUCCCACCACCUCUUAUGACGCCGACGAGAUCAAGAGGAUUGUGCGCAUCCGGGCAACGACGGAGGGUGUCCAGAUCACCGACGCGGCCGUCGACAAGAUAUCGGAGCAUGGCGUGCGCAUCAGCCUCCGGUACUGCCUCCAGUUAUUAACCCCGGCAAGCAUUCUUGCUCGAGUCAACGGCCGCAGCCAGAUCGAUGUCAAAGACGUGGCCGAGUGCGAAGAGCUGUUCCUCGACGCACGGCGCAGCGCCGACUUAUUAGGUGGUGAGACAGGACGUGGCUAUAUCUCAUGAAGCAUGGCCGUGUCUUAGAGAGACGGCCGGCGGGAACCCUUGAGACAACGAACGGGACUCGUUACGAACCCUCAUCUCAUUUCGCAAGCCUGCGGCUCCAAAGCCGCGCGGGCGCGGGCGCGCUGUUCUCUAACCAGAGUUAAAAGGGCAUUGGGUAGGGAAAAUUACCAUCGCGGAGGGGUUUCGGAGUUCUCUUGAAUGUGGGGUUUAAGUAUGUAAUGCCGGUUGCUCUUCAAUAAACACAGCCAACCAAACCGCGCAGUUGGUUGGAUGGGAUGGCUUGCCAGUCGGUUGGUUG